AUGACUGCUAUUUGCGUCGAUGAUUCCAAUGGGCUAGCAGCAUCUGGGAAGAACAAGGCGCUGGUUGGCGGAGAAACUUCCACUCCCUCCAUUUUCCCAGAUAAUUCUGCUGCGGAUUUUUCAAAUAGAACCAGCGACGCGAAAAACGCUGCCCCGAUGACACCUGGAGACGAAGCAGCGGUGGUCGGCUCGGGAAAAACGCCAGAACGUGAAGUUAAAGCGGGAAAGGUAGCUUUGCAAAGACCGGAGAUCCGCGGUCGAGGCGCAGGAGCCAUGGCGAAAGCCGCUCGCAGAAAGUCGUCGAGACUGACAAACGAGGCAGAUGAAGGCGACAAUGAGAACGGCUCUCAGGGUUGCAAUGGCAGUCAAAGGCGAUCCGGAAGAUCGCGCACUGCCGGCCCGGCCAGUUAUUACGAAGGUAGCGAGGACGAGAGUGACGGCGACAGCGACGAGGGUUCGGAUGGGAGUGACGGGGAGACGGAGGAUGCGGAGGACGCGGAGGGCGCGGAGGAGGACAGCGAUGACGCGGUCGAAACGGGCGAGGAGGAGGCGGAGAGUGAUGGCGACGGAGAGGAUAGCAGCGAGGGUAAUGGCGACGAGAAUGACGAAAACGAGCACGAAGAAGAGGAGGCGGAGCCGGCGACGGUUCGCGUGGACAAGGACGCGACGGACGCGAAGCCACGAGGCGGCGAGAAGGACGGGAAUAAGACGGAGGCGAGUGAAGACGAAGAAGAAAUGCUGGAGAUUUCUAGUGACGACGAUGAGGAUAUCGGUGGGGGGAAACUGCCCGCGAAGAGAUGCAGCAAGCCUGCCGGAAAAGCUGCCCCCCGGAAUGCCAAUGCUAAAAACUCGGCGCGCAGGCAGUCUCCGCGGCUGAGAGGACAUCCGGAGGCGGACUCCGCGCGGGCGCAAGGCAAGCAAGGCGGAAGCGCAGGCGGUUUGGCGGGUAAGCGCGGGGACGAGGAAGUGGCGGCGGCAUCUCGCGGACAAGUGCAGCGAGUGGCGAGUUCGUUGCCGGGUAGCAAGAAGCUGACGAGGCGCGACUCGGGCGUAGGCGACUCUGCGAAGGAGAGUAACGUUCAACGUGGCGUGGAGGCUGGAGCUGAGGAGGAAAAGGAAGAGAAAGUGGAGGAAGAAGAGGAGGAGGAAACGGACGAACAGGAGCAUGGCGAGGAAGAAAAGGAGGAAGGAGAAGUGGAUGAUGAGGAGGAAGAGGAGGAAGAAGAGGAUGAAGCGGAGGAAGAAGAGGAUGAAGAAGAAGAGGAAGACGAGGAAGAAGAGGAGGAGAAAGAAACCAGAGGUAAGGGCAAGAAAGGGUGGCAAAAGGCAGCCACAGUAUCGCCAGAGCCGGAGCAAGGUCGACGGAGAUCGUCUCGCCUCCAGUCAAUCACCACCGGUAACGCUUCUUCUCCCGCGGCUGCUGCUGCUGCGGCAGCGGCGGCGGCGGCGGCGGAAGCCGCCGCGGUCUUGCCGGCGUCGUCCACCGCCAGGGCGCGCGAGCGGCGGAAGCAGCGCGCGCAGGAGGGGGUCACGCGGAAGACCAAAGAGACGGCGAAGGAGAACCAAGAUCCGGGCUCGAAGACGGCGGCCAUUAUCGCGGAUAGUGCGUGGCUUUUAUCGCGACCGCUCGUAACGAAGCCCCCCGCCCUGGUGGAGAAGGUGCUUCUGGCGCGCCAGCCCGCGGAACGACCGUCCGCGGAAAGAGCGGACAGCGGGCCGAAAGCAAGCGCAGAAGGGGGAACGAGCGCAGCCGGAGAGGAGGGCGCGGCGGCGGAGGAAGAAGCAUCAGCCGCGGCGACUGCUGCGGUGAUUGCUGCAGAGGCUCCUGCAGCGACCGCUGAGGUGACUGCUGCGGUGUCACCAGCGCCGGUUUUCCUGGUGAAGCUAGUCGGGCGGAGUUACCGCGACGUGGUGUGGAUGGCGGAAGCUGCGCUGCAGGAGCAAUUCCCCCGUCUCCUCAUGUCCUUCCGCCAGCGCUCCACCGCCGCCCGCGGCGCUGUCAAAGACGGUCCUGCUCCUGCCAGCGGCGCGAGUGCCGAGCCGAACGAUGACGCUGACGUGGAGAUCGUCGGUGCUGAGUCGGAUCUGGUUCUUCCGUUCGAUCCGGACUACCUGCGUGUGGACCGCGUUAUAAGCACGAAGCGUGGGCGGAAAAAGGACGCGAUGCGUUACUUGGUCAAGUGGAAGGCGCUUCCAUACACGGCGGCCACGUGGGAGGACGACAGCGCGCUUCGGGACGAUCCGGACGAUGUCCGGGCAGUCGAAAAGUUUCACACCUUCUACGAUAAAGCCGCGAUGCGGCGGCGCGCUCCGGUGGCCGUGAAACGCGGAGAGCCGGCGUCGACGAGGGUGGAGUUUAAGAACGGGCGCACGCUGCGCGAGUACCAGGUGGCGGGCGUUGAUUGGCUGUAUCACAACUACAACAAGGGCGUGAAUUGCAUUUUGGCAGACGAAAUGGGGCUGGGGAAGACGAUGCAGGUGCGCGGGGGGAAGGGGGUGGGGGAGGGGAGGAGUGGUGGUGGGGACCGGCAAGAGGGGAGAAAGGGUGGUGGGGGGAAGAAGCGGGGAGAAGAAGGGAAGAGGGGAGAAGGGGGAGGACUGGGUGGGAUGUGUGGGAAAGCGCCACUAAUUUCCGUCGCGCUGCUGGAGGCGGUGCGCCUGCGCACGGGCGUGCGCGGGCCGUUCCUGGUGGUAGCGCCGGUGUCCACGCUCCCGCACUGGCAGCGCGAGCUGGAGUCGCUCUCGUCGUCGGAGAUUAACUGCGUGCCGUUCGUCGGGUCUAAGGACGACCGCGCCUUGAUCCGCGAGCACGAGCUCGCGCACCCCAGCGGCCGCGGCGUGCGCGCGCAUGUGAGUUGCGCGGAGGGGAACGGGGGGCGAGACGGCGCGGGGGGGCUGGGGGGAGACGGGAAAGGGGGGGAGGGAGGAGAGGAAAAGGUGGUGCUGACGAGUUUCGAGAUCCUGCAGAAGGACCGCAAGCCUCUGAGGGACGUGCGGUGGGAGCUGUGCAUCGUGGACGAGGCACACCGCAUGAAGAGCACGACGGCCAAGACAACGGCUGCACUCAAGGAGCUGUGCAUCAGGCGAGGGGGCCUGCUGCUGCUCACAGGCACACCCGUGCAGAACAACACACGCGAGCUCUUUGGCCUGCUAAACGUCCUCGACCCAGCCACGUUCGGCGACGAGGCUGAAUUCCUGGCUCGGUUCGGCAACAUCACCGACGCGGAGCAGGUUCGGGUGCUGCAGGAGGAGGUGCUUCGGCCGAGGCUGCUGCGUCGGAUGAAGGAGGACGUGGAGAAGAGCCUACCGCGCAAGGAGGAGGUGAUAGUGUGGGUGGAGUUGACGCGAGACCAGCGGCGCUACUACCAGGCGCUCUACCGCAACCGCAUUGGCACGCUGCUGCAGGGCGCGUCGAAUAAGAACCUGCCGAAUCUGCGGAACCUGGCCAUGGAGCUGCGCAAGCUGUGCAACCACCCCUUCCUGUGCAACGGACUGGAGGAGGACAUGGUUCUCAAGGCCUACGCUGCUGCUACAGCCGCCACUGCUACUGCUGCUACGGCCGCUGCUGUUGUCACUGCUGCCACCGCUGAGGCUACAGCAACCCCAUUGGCUCUGCCGCCUCCAGUUUCUGACUCUGCUGCUGAUGGUCCUGCUGCGGAUGUUGCUGCGCUUGCUCCUCCUCCUCCUCCUGCUGCUGCUGCUGCUGCUGCUGCUGCUGCUGACACGGCUGUGGAAGCAGCACCAGCACCAGCACCACCAACGUCACCCCCAGCAGCAGCAGCAGCAGGGGGCGUGGCAGUGGAUGGGGAAGCACUGAGGCAGCGCAUGUUAGUGCAGGGCAGUGGCAAGAUGGUGCUGCUGGACAAGCUGCUGCCCAAGCUCAAGACCGCCGGCCACCGCAUCCUCAUCUUCUCCCAGGUGGGUGCCGUGCCGUUCAACCUCCCCUGUGCCCCUGUACCUUCUGUCCCCCCUGCCCCUCAUGCACUUGCUGCCCUUCGUGCCUUGCUGCCUCCCCUGCCCUCCUUGCAUCUUCUGCUCUUCCUGCUCCCCCUUCCCGCCCUCCCUUCCCUGCGGCCCCCCACCCUCCGCUGCAAUCCUAGCCGCACAGCCCCCUACUGGCUCCUCCCUUCCGUUCUCAUGGCAAGCCCCACUGCACCCUCACCAUCAGUUCGGGAUAAUUUUGGACCUGCUCCAUUCGGGAUAAUGCUGGACCUACUGGGGGACUAUCUCACGGCCAGCCUCCUGGCCAUCCCUCUCCCCUCAUCCCCCCACUCCACCCCUCUCCCUCCUCUCCUCCCCCACCAUCAGUUUGUGAUAAUGCUGGACCUACUGGAGGACUAUCUCACGGCCAACGGUCACAUCUACGAGCGCCUCGAUGGCUCCAUCAAGGGCGAGCAGCGCCAGGCUGCUAUUGACCGAUUCUCAGCCCCAGGCAGUGCGUCCUUUGUGUUUCUGCUCAGCACCAAGGCGGGCGGUCUCGGUAUCACCCUCACUGCGGCGGACACGUGUAUCAUCUACGACUCUGAUUGGAACCCCCAGAACGAUCUGCAGGCCAUGGCACGCUGCCACAGGAUCGGGCAGAGCAAGGACGUGAAAGUCUACCGCCUCAUAACGCACCGCACGUACGAGCAGCAGCUGUUUGACUGCGCCUCACGCAAAUACGGGCUCGAGGAAGCCAUUCUCGGCAACUACCAAGGCGCCAGCGCUGGGAACGGGGCGAAUGGGGAUGCGGCAGGGGGCGGGGGAGAAGGAGAAGAAGCUGACGGGGCGGGCGGGGGAGGAGGGGGUCGUGGAAAGAGGGGGAAAGGCGUGGGGGGCGCAGGGGGUGCGGGAGGGGGGGUGGCAGGGGGAGGUGGGGUGCGGAAUCCGGAACAGAGUAAGGAUAUAGAGAGUCUGCUGCAGCACGGGGCGUAUGAGCUGUUCAAAGACGAGGCGGCAGAGGAUAGCGUGCGGUUCACAGCGGAGAACAUUGACCAGAUCCUGGAGCAGCGCACACAGACACGCACCAUUGGCGGAUCCGGUACAAGCACAUUCUCUAUAGCCACUUUCGCUUCAGAGGAACCCGAGGGGCCAGAGGAAACGGCAGAGGAGGAUCAAGACAACCCAGAGGGGGACAGGGGAAGUCCAGAAAGAGGAGGAAUUGGUAGUGGGGGGGAUGGAGAUGAGAAUGAGAAUGCUGGCUGGAGUGGUGGUGGUGGUGGCAGCAGGAAAAGGAGCACCCGGUCUUCGCGAGGGGGAGCAGAUGGGAAUGCAAUCAAGCAAGGCGCGGAGUUUUGGGAAGAGCUGCUGCCCGAGGCCUGCCGGGCAGCUCGGGCAGCAAAGGAAUCUCCGCUGGAUGGGUUUACGCCAUUGGCCAGGGAGGAGAGGAGGAGGAAGAAAGUGGUAUACGCGGAGGGAGGCGUGAGAAAGGGAGGAGGGGCGGGAGGGGGAAGUGGAGAGGGUGUGGAAGGGGGAGUGGGAGAGAAGGGGAAGGCAGAGGAAAGGGAGAGUGGGGAGUCUGAAAGUGGGGAGGGGAGCAGUGGGGAGGAGGCGGAGGGGGGAGAUCGGAAGGGGAGGAAGAGGGGGCGAGGCACAGUAGGUGGGGAUGAUGGGAUGGGAGAGGAUGUGGCGUGGGUAGGAGAGGAUGGGGUGAGUGAGGGGGAGUGCGGGGGGGGAAGAGCAGUGAGGAAGGCAAAGAGGGAAGGGCAAGGCGGGGCGAAGAAAGUGCGGCCGUGGAACGAAGCAGAGAUCAAGCGGCUUGAGUGGAAGGUGUUCUUCUCUGCACUGGAAGGAGGUGAGUUGAAAAAGGGAGAUGGGGUGAGAGUAGGGGCGAAGAAAGUGCAGCCGUGGAAUGAAGCAGAGAUGAAGAGGCUCGAAUGGAAGGUGCUCUUCUCUGCACUGGAAGGAGACAAGCUCCGCCAGGCAGCGAAGCUGCAGCAGCGGUCAGAGGAGGAGGUGGUAGAAGUUGCAGCAGCGCUAGAGCGCGUAUAUCGUAGCGUGUACUCCCUCCCCGAGUCACACCAACUCAGCCUAGACCUGGCACUGCGUGGGCAGAAGUCCAAACCCCACCACCGCUCCAUCGAUUUCGCUGAUCCUGUCCUGAGUGCUGCUGUUGCUGCGUACGCUGCUGCCAAUCAUCCUGGUGCUGCUGCUGCAGCAGCGGAGGAGGAUGGGAGGAAGGCUGAGGAGUUGUGGCCGAGGGAAGCAGCAGGGGAGAAGCUGCCUGCUGCUGCGAGGGCUGCUAUGAGCACUGUGGCGUUCCGACUGCGAUGCGUGAAGGGUGCAGAGAGUCGACUGCAAAUGCGAGCUGUGGUGAGAGUGCUAGCAGCAGCAGCAGCAGCCAAGCCAGAAGGUUUUGUGCACCCCACCAUCACUGCCAUUCUCUCCUCAACUGUCGUCAAGCGCUGGCGCUUUCCCACGUGGUGGGAUGACGAGGCAGCUGCUGAUUUCCUGAGAGCAGCAGUGGAAAUGGGUUGCUCGCCUUCCGACUUUGCAGCUCUGAGGACGGACCCUCAUUUUGUCCUCACAAACAAGUACGAUGCAGCCUAUGCCAACUGCGCUCUCAGCUCCGCACAGGCGACGGAAGCUGAGAAGGUGCGCGACUUCAUGCGUGUUGAUUGGCCGUUGCCAAGCGUGCUGACAAAGCUGGUAGUCCACGUGGCAGAGGAGGUGGCAUGGAGAUGGGACAUUCCGUACGAAUUCUCCCGAGAAAAUAUAUUCUCCAACAAAUGGGGAACCAGUCGCGGGCUGAGAACUGGAGCUGCUGCUGUUGCUUCCACUCGUGGUGCCUCUGCUGCUGGUGAUGCUGCUGCUGCUGCUGCUGCUGCUGGUGCUGCUGGUGCUGCUGCUGCUGGUGGAAGUAACGAUGACGACUCGCAACAACAUGAAAGGAGGAAGGAGGAGAUGGGGGGAGACCCAUACCACCAACACCAGGAUAGACCAAACAAGCACUGCCAUUCCGGGACAAUGGUUUCUGCGGAAAGGACCAAGCGCAAGAGGGAGAGCCUAGAACAGCUGAAGAACCACCUGCAGAAUUCCCUGAAGGGUGACGUGGGGACUGGUGAAAGGGAGGUGAGGGAGGGGAGUAAGGAGAGGGGUGUGAGAGAGGGGAGUGAGGAGAAGCAGAGGAACAAGGGGAACGGUGCUGAGAAGCGGAAACGCCUGGAUGAUCUCCUGGAAGGCAGUUCCGGCAGCGAAGCUGCUGUGUCUGGGAUCAGCACUGGGAGCGAGGGGGGGUCGGGAGGCGGUGCGGUGGUGCUUGAGGAAGAGGAGCUUUCUCUCUAUCUUAAAGCCCAGCAGAAGAGUGUAUUGUCAUCCAGCAAUGGAAGAAUGGGGGCGUCAGGCAAAGUUGAUGUUUCUUCUGUGAUGGGCCUCAACGGAAGGGGAAGCUGCGAGGGAGUGAGGAGGGAGGAAGAUGGUUUCACAGUACAGAAGCUGCAGUCUCCUCAGGCGGCAAAACAACACCAGCAGCAGAGGGAGCAACAGCAGCAGACGAAAGCAAUGCAGAAGAAGUGCCUGUCAUCAGAGCUCUACGGGACAGAGACCACCCGAGUACCUGCCACCAGUGCUGGUCAUUGCUCCCCUCCUCAGAAACCUCCUACUGCUCAGAAACCUCCUACUGCUCAGAAACCUCCUACUGCUCAGAAACCUCCUACUGCUCAGAAACCUCCUACUGCUCAGAAAGCUCCUGCUUCGUACAAGUCACCUGCAGCUCAUAAGUCUCCUGCUGCUUAUACAUCUCCCACUCUCUGUGUAUCUGCUGCACGGUCUUCAGCUGCUGAUGCCGGUACCAGGUUCUGUCCACUGGUGGUUCCACUUGCAGAGGACAGGGAUUACUCACAUCACCACACCCCCUUACCUAUGAACACGCCGACCCGUCCGCUGCUGUCUCCAAUGCCUGCUGGAACUGCUGCCAAUAGAAAGCAGUCAGAGGUGCUGAGGGAAGUGAACAGAAGCAGGGAGAUGGAGAAGGGAUGGUCAGCUUCUCCUGCCAAGAAAGCGAAACUCACUGAUAAGGUACGUAUGGUGGUCUGA